CCGUGAUGCCAAGACCGUAUCGCCGAAUAAGUCCGUUGACAGGUCGAACAGAUGCACGCGAAAAGUCUCGCAACAGCCGUGGUGGCGACCGACGGGAUAGUGACUAGUUGAACGAGCUGAUGCUCUUCCCUUCUACCACAUCUGCGAAAGAGAGACUUACAGCACCCGCAUUCCGAUUGCUUGCUCUUUAUCGAUAGCGUCGACGUGUAGCCGCGCCUAAAUCGGCUCGCACUAGUCGCGUCAUCCUGGACCUCCGCCCAUCGCUGCAGCUUCAGCAUUCAACACACCCCAGCCUCCCCUCCAAUGUCCUCGAAUUCGGGCGACAGGAAACGGAAGCAUUCGGGCAAGACCAUCAAGGAACUCUUCACCACCCAGCAGAAGCCGAACACGUCCGCCACAGCGCCCAUCUCGCCGUCGAGCAAGCGUGCGAAGCUUGAUAGCUCCAACAACGGGUCUGCCGAGGCCGCUCCCUCUCCGCCUGCAACCGCCGCAAUGAGCGCCGCAAACAUGUAUCACUUUCCCAGCAAAAGGGCGGAUAUACCGAAUAAUGCGGAGAUUGUGGACAUAAGCUCGAGUCCGGACGCCAGCCCCGCGAAGCCUAACGGGCAGCGGAACGGCAUGCGCAAGACGGCGCCGAAUAUGCAUGCGAAUGCCGGGCCGAAGAAGCUGCUGGUGAAGAAUUUUAGGCCUACGAGGAAAGUUGAUCCAAAGGUGUUUCUCGACCAGACGUGGCAGAAGGUGGAUGCCGCGCUGGAGACCAUCUUUCGACAAGGCGAGAUCAACUUUAGCCUUGAGGAGCUGUAUCGCGGCGUGGAGAACCUGUGUCGGCAGGGGCUGGCGCAGGAUGCGAGGGAUAGGCUGGUGACGAAGUGUAAGGGAUAUGUGGGGGGGACGCUGAAGGAGAAGGUCAAGGAGGCGUUGGGUAGGAAGAAUGUUGAGGUUCUGAGGGCUACCCUGCAAGCUUGGACUACAUGGAACGACCAGAUGAAAUACGUCGACUGGAUCUUCUGCUACCUCGACCGCGCGUUUCUACUCCCGAGACAAGAGUCGCUCCACGACAUCGCCGUCGACCUUUUCCGCUCCAUCGUAUUCGAACAUCCGAAGCUCAAUCAUCGCAUCGUCGAUGGCGCCUGCGAUCUGAUAGCUGUCGACCGAGCAGGCGAGGAUCUAGAUCGGGAAAUGUUCUCCAAGGUGAUCAAGAUGUUCCACGAGAUGCAGGUUUACACAAAACAUUUCGAGCCGCGCAUGCUAGAGCUCAGUCAGACGUACGUCAAAGAGUGGUCAGACGCCGCUAGCGCGGAGCAGACGUUGCCCCGAUACGUCAAGAGCGCGCUGGAGCUCAUGAAGAAAGAAAUGGCGAGAGUGGAGAUCUUCAGGUUGGACGGUUCGACUCGACGGGAUCUGCUUACGCUACUAGAGGACCACCUCAUCUCACGAAAAGAGUCGAGAUUAACUAACCAGGACGAACUCGCCGAACUCCUUGAAGAUAAUGCCGUUGAAGAUCUAGAACUUUUAUACACUCUGUUUGAGCGCCGCAAACUUGGUGCCAACCUUCGAACAGCAUUCAUGAAGUGGAUAGACGACACCGGCACCGCCAUCGUUUUCGACGAGAAAGAGCAGGAUAGCAUGGUUAUCAAGCUGCUAUGCCUCAAACGCCAGCUCGAUACGAUUUGGAAGUUCUCCUUCCACCGCAACUCAGAUUUAGGCCACGGUCUACGUGAAGCUUUUGAGGGGUUCAUGAACAAGACCAAGAAAUCUAGUACGACCUGGAACACAGACAACUCGAAGCCCGGCGAGAUGAUCGCCAAGUAUGUGGAUAUGCUAUUAAGAGGGGGUGCUAAGGCCAUCCCGGCGCAGCUAACUCGCAAGGCCGACAAACCGGCUAUGCCAGACGCUGAGGAGGAUAAUGAAGAUGUGGUGUUUGACGAGGACACGGAAGUCAACAACCAGCUCGAUCAGGUCCUCGAUCUCUUCCGAUUCGUUCAUGGGAAGGCGGUGUUCGAAGCUUUCUACAAGAAGGAUCUUGCCCGUCGGUUGCUUAUGGGCAGGAGCGCCAGCGCUGAUGCGGAGAGGAGUAUGCUGGCGCGACUGAAGACUGAGUGCGGUGCCGGCUUUACCGCCAACCUAGAACAGAUGUUCAAGGACAUCGAGCUGUCUCGCGAGGAAAUGGCGUCCUACAAGAUGAUAUGCGAAGAGCGGAAUGAGAAGCACGCUAUCGCUAUUAACGUCAACAUUCUUUCUGCCUCAUCAUGGCCGACAUAUCCUACCGUGCCCGUUGUCAUACCACCGGAGAUCAAGAACGAGAUCGACAAAUUCGAGAGACACUACAAGGCGAAGCACUCCGGUCGCAAACUAGACUGGAAGCAUGCGCUCGCCCACUGUCAAGUCAAAGCCAAGUUUCCAAGAGGUAAUAAGGAGCUAGUAGUGUCUUCCUUCCAGGCCAUCGUUCUUCUACUCUUCAAUGGGUUGAAGGAGGAUGAGCACAUUGACUACAACUAUUUGAAGGAAGCCACUGGCCUACCACCUGCUGAACUAAACCGUACCCUCCAAUCCCUCGCCUGCGCCAAACUUCGGCCCCUGACCAAACACCCCAAGGGCCGGGAUAUCAACCCAACCGACACAUUCACCCUCAACGCGCACUUCACCGAUCCAAAAUAUCGCAUUAAAAUCAACACGGUCCAGCUCAAAGAGACCCCCGCCGAGAAUAAAGAAACACACGAGCGCGUCGCUGCCGACCGCAACUACGAGACCCAGGCUGCUAUUGUGCGGAUUCUCAAGGCGAGGAAAAGGAUUGCGCAUUCGGAGCUUGUCGCCGAGACAAUUAAGGUUACGCGGAGUAGGGGGACGCUGGAUGUCGCAGGCAUUAAGAGGAAUAUUGAUCGUUUGAUUGAGAAGGAGUUUUUGGAGAGGGAGGACGAUGGGAGCUACAGUUAUAUUGCGUAGAAGGUGUGGGUGGGGCGGGUAGGAAAGGGGAAGCAGAGGCAAGAAGAGAGCGUAGCACGGUGUGAAUUUGCAUACGGAUGGCCUACCUGGAUAGUAUAUCAAGGGUAGUCUUGGAUGUUGCAG